UCUGUAUUUCCUGAGCUAACAACACUCGCCUCGGCUUUGACAGACAACCUCAGCCCAUCUUUAACACGCUCACGGCGGCAGGAAAACGGCACGAAAGUGGGCAAAAUGCCUUUGGGAGGACAUACAGCUCGCUGAUGUAGCUCGGUGUUCAUGUCAGCCAACAAGUGCCUCAAAUUACCCGGCUACUGUUUGGCUAACUUACCCUCGCUAGCUCAUUAGCUAAAGCGCUAGCUGUUUAGCAUUAGCCAGCUUUCUGACGCUGGCUAAAUAACGUUAGCGACUAAUAGUUUACAUGUGAGGGACAGCUUUGGUUCCUGUUUUUUUUCUCCGAACAACUAAAGUGACGAACAGGGAUGGUGCAGCCCCAACCUGAUGGUCCAAUGCAGUGGGACAUGUCAGGGGAGGAGAAUGGAGGGGCCCUCAGGGUCCCACCAGAGCUGGCUGACAAUGAAGUAGUGAACAGAUUGCUGGGUGACAACCAGCAGCUUAGAGAGGCUCUGCGGCGGAGCAACCUGGCCUUGCGUCAGCGCUGUGAGGAGAUGGAGGGAUGGCAGCGAAGAACGAGAGAAGAACGAGAGUUUCUCAGCUGUCGUUUCCAGGAAGCCAGAGCCCUGGUGGAGAGGCUGGCUCAGGAGAACCACUCCUUACAGGGCCUGGUGAACGGACCAGCGUCGUCCUCCUCCAGUCACUGCUGCAGCUCCAGCCAAACCGAAGACCAGCAGGGACGCCCGGCCAGGAACGGGCCGGCUGACGGACCACAGACUCUAGACCACUGGGACAGGAAGAGAGUUGAAGAUACAGAACAGUACACACAAACCACACCUCCUCGCAGCCUGGUGAGAUGUGUGUGCAUGUGUGUGUGUGUGUGUGUUGAUGCUGUUUUGGUGUUAUUGUGGUCAGUUAAACUGUAUGUUUGUGUAUCCCUGUGUGUGUCUAGGAUGAUGCAAGUGUGAGUAUAUUCUUGAGUCAUGCAGGCACCUCGUCCCCAACCUCAUUUUCAGAGGAACAGGGAGAUGUAAGUUAGUCUGCUCACUCCAUCCUGUUUCCUUCAGCCACAUCCCUGAUACUUCCUCUGUACCGCUUGCUUGAUUCGUCACCUCGCCUUAUCUUUGAUCACACCUUUUUAAAUUCACAUUCCUUCUCGUAUUCGUAAGGGAUCGCCUGUCAAACCCUCCAAGAAUAAGCCUGACACCAGCUGAGGUUUGGGGGGACUGUGCUUUAUAUUUGGCAGUAUAAAUGAUGAGGUUAUCAGUGUUUUGUUUUGUCUUUUUCUUGUAUUCCGAGCAGAAAAGCUGUCUUGAUUGGAGCAUUAGCAGCAUUAACACACUCUCUGAACCCCAAACAGUUUCUGGACAUUUUAUUUGCUGCUGUAA